AGGAUCGGGCAGCGCCGAGCGCGGACCUGAGCUGGCAUGUCCCCGCGCGCGGGAGCCCCCGUCGGCCGCCGGGCCCGGGCGGCGGCUAACUUGGCGGCAGGCUCCGGCGGCCGUGCCGCGGCCAUGUAGUCGCCGGCGGGGCUCCCCGUAGCCCGGGAGCGGCAGCGAGAGCCUGCCGGAGCCGAGCCUCCUCGGCUUUCCCCGGAGGCUCGGAGGGCGCGCCUCGGGCCACACUUCGGGCCCGGGAGGGAAAUGGGGGAGAAAGUUUCUGAGGCGCCGGAGCCGGUGCCCCGCGGUUGCAGCGGCCACGGCGCCCGGACUCCCGCCCCUGCGGCGGCCGCCGCGUCCUCGCCGGGUGCUUCCUCGGCCGAGUCCUCCUCGGGCUCAGAAACUCUGUCGGAGGAAGGGGAGCCCGGCGGCUUCUCCCGCGAGCAGCCGCCGCCGCCGCCGGGCGGCGCCCUGGGUGCUUGUCCGCCGGCCGCGUGGGCUCCCGCGCGCGCGGUGCUCGAGCUUGGAGUCCCAGCGCCACCGCCGCCGCUCCCCGGAGGAGCCGCGCCGCCCGCGCCCCGGGGCAGCAGCACGUCCCGGGAGGAGCAGGAUGAGGAGCUUGACCACAUUUUAUCCCCUCCACCCAUGCCAUUUCGGAAAUGCAGCAACCCAGAUGUGGCUUCUGGCCCUGGAAAGUCACUGAAGUUUAAAAGACAGCUGAGUGAGGAUGGACGACAGCUGCGGCGGGGAAGCCUGGGAGGGGCGCUGACUGGGAGGUACCUCCUUCCAAAUCCAGUUGCAGGUCUGGCCUGCCCAGCCUCGGUGGAGACGUCCAACCUCCUGCGCAUGCGCAGCCAGGCCCUGGGCCAGUCGGCACCUUCGCUCACGGCCAGCCUGGAAGGGCAGCCUCCGAAGAGCCAUUUCAACUCAGCCCGACAUCGCCAGAGACUAGUGGACCCAGCUGCUUCAAAAAAGGAGCUGAGUCUCCCCAGAAGAGGAAGUUUGAUAGAUUCCCAGAAGUGGAAUUGCUUGGUCAAACGUUGCCGAACAAGCAACCGGAAGAGCUUGAUAGGCAAUGGGCAGUCACCAGCAUUGCCUCGACCGCACUCACCUCUCUCUGCUCAUGCAGGAAAUAGCCCUCAAGAUAGUCCAAGAAAUUUCUCCCCCAGUGCCUCAGCCCAUUUUUCAUUUGCACGAAGGACUGAUGGACGCCGCUGGUCCCUGGCUUCUCUCCCCUCCUCUGGCUAUGGGACAAACACGCCCAGCUCCACGGUCUCGUCAUCCUGUUCCUCCCAGGAGAAGUUGCAUCAGUUACCAUACCAACCAACGCCAGAUGAAUUACACUUCUUAUCGAAACAUUUUUGCACAACUGAAAGCAUCGCCACGGAAAACAGAUGCAGGAACACCCCCAUGCGCCCCCGUUCCCGAAGCCUGAGCCCUGGACGUUCUCCCGCCUGCUGUGACCAUGAAAUAAUUAUGAUGAACCAUGUCUACAAAGAAAGGUUCCCAAAGGCCACGGCUCAGAUGGAAGAACGACUAAAGGAAAUUAUCACCAGCUACUCUCCUGACCAUGUCCUUCCCCUUGCGGAUGGAGUGCUCAGUUUCACUCACCAUCAGAUUAUUGAACUGGCUCGAGAUUGCUUGGAUAAAUCCCACCAGGGUCUCAUCACCUCACGAUACUUCCUUGAAUUACAGCACAAAUUAGAUAAGUUGCUACAGGAGGCUCAUGAUCGUUCAGAAAGUGGAGAAUUAGCAUUUAUUAAACAGCUAGUUCGAAAGAUCCUAAUUGUUAUUGCCCGCCCUGCUCGGUUAUUAGAGUGCCUGGAAUUUGAUCCUGAAGAAUUUUACUACCUAUUGGAAGCAGCAGAAGGCCAUGCAAAAGAAGGACAGGGUAUUAAGACCGACAUUCCCAGGUACAUCAUUAGCCAGCUGGGGCUCAAUAAAGAUCCCUUGGAAGAAAUGGCUCAGUUGGGAAACUAUGAUAGCGGGACAGCAGAAACACCAGAAACAGAUGAAUCAGUGAGUAGCUCUAAUACUUCCCUGAAACUUCGACGGAAACCUCGCGAAAGUGAUUUUGAAACGAUUAAAUUGAUUAGUAAUGGAGCCUAUGGGGCAGUCUACUUUGUUCGGCAUAAGGAAUCCCGACAGAGGUUUGCCAUGAAGAAGAUUAAUAAACAGAACCUCAUCCUCCGAAACCAGAUCCAGCAGGCCUUUGUGGAACGGGAUAUCCUGACUUUUGCAGAAAACCCUUUUGUCGUCAGCAUGUAUUGCUCCUUUGAAACAAGGCGCCACCUGUGCAUGGUCAUGGAAUAUGUGGAAGGGGGCGACUGUGCUACCUUAAUGAAGAACAUGGGUCCUCUCCCUGUCGAUAUGGCCAGGAUGUACUUUGCUGAGACAGUCCUGGCCUUGGAAUAUCUCCAUAAUUAUGGAAUUGUACACAGGGACUUGAAACCAGACAACUUGUUGGUCACCUCCAUGGGGCACAUAAAGCUGACAGAUUUUGGAUUAUCCAAGGUGGGACUGAUGAGCAUGACUACCAAUCUUUAUGAGGGUCACAUUGAAAAGGAUGCUCGAGAGUUCCUGGACAAACAGGUCUGCGGCACACCUGAAUACAUUGCACCAGAAGUGAUUCUGAGGCAGGGAUACGGGAAGCCGGUGGACUGGUGGGCCAUGGGGAUUAUCCUCUAUGAAUUUCUGGUUGGAUGCGUGCCAUUCUUUGGGGACACUCCAGAAGAGCUAUUUGGACAAGUCAUCAGUGAUGAGAUCAACUGGCCUGAGAAGGAUGAGGCGCCCCCACCUGAUGCCCAGGAUCUGAUUACCUUGCUUCUCAGGCAGAAUCCCCUGGAGAGACUGGGAACAGGUGGUGCGUAUGAAGUCAAACAGCAUCGGUUCUUCCGUUCUUUAGACUGGAACAGUUUGCUGAGACAGAAGGCAGAAUUUAUUCCCCAACUGGAAUCCGAAGAUGACACAAGUUAUUUUGAUACUCGGUCAGAGAAGUAUCAUCACAUGGAGACCGAGGAAGAGGAUGACACGAAUGAUGAAGACUUUAACGUGGAGAUAAGGCAGUUUUCCUCAUGUUCACAUCGGUUUUCAAAAGUUUUCAGCAGUAUAGAUCGAAUAACUCAGAAUUCAGGAGAAGAGAAGGAAGACCCUGCGGACAAAACAAAAAGCACAACUUUGCCAUCCACAGAAACGUUAAGCUGGAGUUCAGAAUAUUCUGAAAUGCAACAGUUAUCCACAUCCAACUCUUCAGAUACAGAAAGCAACAGACGUAAACUCAGUUCUGGCCUGCUUCCCAAACUGGCUAUUUCGGCAGAGGCAGGACAAGAUGCAGCUGCUUCCUGCCCUGGAGACCCCCACGAGGAGCCAGAAAAGCCAGCCCUUCCUCCUGCAGAGUGUACUCAGGAGGAGCCCGAGGUCACCACCCCAGCCAGCACCAUCAGCAGCUCCACUCUGUCAGUUGGCAGUUUUUCAGAGCACUUGGAUCAGAUAAAUGGACGAAGCGAGUGUGUGGACAAUACAGAUAAUUCCUCAAAGCCAUCCAGUGAACCCGCUUCCCACAUGGCUCGGCAGCGAUUAGAAAGCACAGAGAAAAAGAAAAUCUCGGGGAAAGUCACAAAGUCCCUUUCUGCCAGUGCUCUGUCCCUCAUGAUCCCAGGAGAUAUGUUUGCUGUGUCUCCACUGGGAAGCCCAAUGUCUCCCCAUUCCCUGUCCUCCGACCCUUCUUCUUCACGAGAUUCCUCUCCCAGCCGGGAUUCUUCAGCGGCUUCUGCCAGUCCCCAUCAGCCCAUUGUGAUCCACAGUUCAGGGAAGAACUAUGGCUUCACCAUCCGCGCCAUCCGGGUGUACGUGGGAGACAGUGACAUCUACACGGUGCACCACAUCGUUUGGAAUGUAGAAGAAGGAAGUCCAGCAUGCCAGGCUGGACUGAAGGCUGGGGACCUGAUCACGCACAUCAAUGGAGAACCGGUGCAUGGACUUGUCCACACAGAAGUGAUAGAGCUGUUGCUAAAGAGUGGAAAUAAGGUGUCAAUCACUACUACUCCAUUUGAAAACACGUCAAUCAAAACGGGACCAGCCAGGAGAAACAGCUAUAAGAGCCGGAUGGUGAGGCGGAGCAAGAAAUCUAAGAAGAAAGAAAGCCUAGAAAGGAGGAGAUCCCUUUUCAAAAAACUAGCCAAGCAGCCUUCUCCUUUACUCCACACCAGCCGAAGUUUCUCCUGUCUGAACCGAUCCCUGUCAUCCGGGGAGAGCCUCCCGGGGUCUCCCACUCACAGCUUGUCUCCCCGAUCCCCUACGCCAAGCUAUCGCUCCACCCCCGACUUCCCAUCUGGUACUAACUCCUCCCAGAGCAGCUCCCCAAGUUCCAGUGCCCCCAAUUCCCCAGCGGGGUCAGGACACAUCCGGCCCAGCACUCUCCAUGGUCUGGCCCCCAAACUCAGCGGGCAGCGAUACCGGUCCGGCAGGCGCAAGUCUGCCGGCAACAUCCCACUCUCCCCGCUGGCCCGGACACCCUCUCCAACGCCACAGCCCACCUCCCCGCAGCGCUCACCAUCGCCUCUGUUGGGACACUCACUGGGCAAUUCCAAGAUCUCUCAAGCCUUUCCUAGCAAAAUGCACUCCCCUCCCACCAUCGUCAGGCACAUCGUGCGGCCCAAGAGCGCAGAACCCCCGCGGUCCCCGCUGCUCAAGCGCGUGCAGUCGGAGGAGAAGCUCUCUCCCUCCUAUGGCAGUGACAAGAAGCACCUGUGUUCCCGCAAGCACAGCCUAGAAGUGACCCAGGAGGAGGUGCAGCGAGAGCAGUCGCAGCGGGAGGUGACCUUGCAGAGCCUGGAGGAGAACAUGUGUGACGCGCCUUCGCUCAGCCGGGCCCGGCCCGUGGAGCAAGGCUGCCUGAAGCGCCCAGUCUCCCGGAAGCUGGGAAGGCAGGAGUCUGUGGACGACCUGGACCGAGAGAAGCUGAAGGCCAAGGUGGUGGUGAAGAAACCAGACGGCUUCCCUGAGAAGCAAGAAGCCCACCAGAAAUCCCACGGACUUGGAAGUGAUUUGGAAAACCUGUCUACUUUUAGGUUAGAAGAGAGGGAGAAGAAAAUGUAUCCCAAGGCUUUAGAAAGGUCAAAUCACUUUGAAAGCAAAGCAGCCAUGCAGGAGACCCAGUCCCUGGGCAGUCUGCUGAAAGAUGCUCUCCACAAGCAGGCCAGUGUGCGGGCCAGUGAGAGUAUCACCUCGGAUGGGGCAGCAGCUGGCUACGGCCCAGCACCCGGGGACCACAGCCAGGGCACCUGUGACUUCAAACGAGCCUCCACUCCUGGUACUCUCCAAGACAGUCUCUGUCACUCCACUGACAGGUCCACCUCUGGGAAGGGGGACAACACGGAGAAGGCCCCCCAGGCCAAGGAGUGUCUCCGAUGUGAGAAGUUAGACAGCAAGCUGGCUAAUAUUGAUUACCUCCGAAAGAAAAUGUCACUUGAAGACAAAGAUGACAGCCUCUGCAGUGUGUUGAAGCCCAAGGUGACAUCUAGUACCCAUGAAUGCCUGCUCGGAAACCCCGUCCGGCCAGCGGGCGGGCAGCAGGAGCCCCUGCCAGCCUCCGAGAGCCGAGCAUUCAUCAGUAGCGCCCACGCAGCUCAGCUUAGUGCUGUCUCUUUUGUCCCUCUCAAGGCCUUAGCUGGCCGGGUGGACAGUGGAGCCGAGAAGCCGGGCCUAGUUGCUCCUGAGUCACCUGUCCGGAAAAGCCCCUCGGAGUAUAAGCUGGAAGGUAGGUCUGUGUCAUGCCUGAAGCCAAUUGAGGGCACUUUGGACAUUGCUCUCCUGUCUGGACCUCAAGCCUCCAAGACAGAGCUGCCUUCCCCAGAGCUCGCACAGAGCCCCAGCCCGGGCAGUGACGUGGGGCCAUCUCUGCCACCGGCGCUCCCCAGCAGUGGCGGGAAGAGAGGUGAAGUUUCUAGUCAGAGGGAGCCUUCCCCUGCCAACUUCAAGACGAAUAAAUCCUACCUGCUUGAGCCUCGGUUCCAACCACCCAGUCGGGGUCUCCAGAACUCACAAGCAUCUUCUCUGCCUGACCCAGAGCUAAAGCAGGACAGGAAAGUCUCUCAUGCUGCCAGGAGCCCCAUGACAGUUGCGGAAGGUGGUCCCCAGCGGAGAGAGGGUGGCCCCAGCAAACACCAAGACCACAGCCCCGACACCACACUCCUCCCCUUCCUGGGGCAGAACCUCCAUGGCGCCGACCCACCCAGGCUGCACAGCCCGCUCCCACCCGAAGGUGCCCCCUUGAGGGAGAAGCAGGGACAGAGGGAAUCGUCUGAAAGGGGCCCUUCCACAGCCAGAAGCGAGUGGACUAGUGCAAGGGCUGAUGUCCGCAGAGACCCCUCUGCGGAGCUGCAACCUCCAGAAGAUGCUAAGACCAGUGACAAGUCCAAAAAUCUCCCCUCUGUGAGCAGAGCCUACCCAGAUUUCUACACACAGACCCAGGCCGUGGAGAAAACGUGGGAGCCUUGUGGGAAAACGAUCCACAAAGAUGGCCGAGAGGAGGGGAGGCUCCUGGCCAGAGAGGACUCCUCUUUGUAUUCAGUGGGGACUCCUUGGGACAGGGAGCUGGGCAAGGGAAGACGUGGCAUGGAACCCAAGCUUGAAGCACCCCCUGCCAGGCAGUCUCUGCAGCCACCCGGAACUGGGAGUGGGAAGAGUGAAAAGCUCUCCGGUUUCCCAUCUUUGCAGAAAGACAGUCCCAAGGAAACAGAAAGGAAAGAACAGCCUCUACAAAAGCAUCUUAGCAGUAGCUCUCAGCCCCCACUGAUCACCAAAGAACUGCCCAGCCUGGUCGCUCGGCAGCAUUGCAAUUCACCAAGCCACCCUUCAGGCAGAGAGCCCGGGAGCAAGCCCUGUGCUGCAGAACCCAGCCCGGGCCUGCAGGGCCCUCCCAAGCCUGCUGCUGUGCACAGUGAAAGCAGCCCCCACAAGCCCAGGCCUGGCCCUGACCCGGGCCUGCCAAAGUCUAAGCACGCAGACAGGCCCCUCUCCUCGCAGAAGCCGAGCGCUGGGGCUGCGGCGGGACAAGAGCCUGGCGCCCAGCCGCUCGGGGGCCCAAGCCGCGAGGGCAAGGGCAGCGCUAAGGAUGUGGUGGGUGCGCUCCCUGCCCUCCUAGGCUCCCGGCACGCAGCCGUCGAUGCGGUGAGCCAGGGACCAAGUGGGUCGUCAGCCCCACUGCACACCGAAGGGGGUCCUCUAGACAACAAGCUGAAACCCGCCAGUGGUGGGCGCACCCCCGAGAUGCUGGAGAAGCCCGCGCACCUGCCACGGCAAGGACCCCCGGGCCUUCGUGAAUCGGUGGACCAGAAACCUCCCACUGUCAGUGAAAAGCAGAACCUGUCUCCAAAGCACCCCAAACCAUCCACUGUGAAAGACUGCCCCCCUCUGUGCAGACAGACGGACAAGAGCCCCAGUCCGCAGGCGCCGCCCGCGGACAGGAAGGCCGAGGGCCCGAGGGGCUGGGAGGCGGCGGGCGCGGCGCUGGAGGGCCGCCUUCCCCCGGCUCCCGGCGGCGAGGCCCGGCCCAGAGGCGACGAGCGGCCGGCGGCGGCGGGCAAGGGCUCCCCAGAGGCCAAGCGGAAAGGGCUGGGUCCCCAAAAGCCGCAGAGCGAGGCAGACAAGCCCGGCGGCAUGAAACGCUCGGCCUCAGCCACCGCGCAGAGUGCUGUCCGCUCUGCUGCCCCCGCGGAGAAGUCUCUGAGCCCCUCCUCCGGCCCCGCUGAAGCCAGACCCGUGGGCCGCGAGGCCUCCGCCACCAGCGGCGACGCCUCUGCCACCAAGGCCAGCGGGGCCACGGCCGAGCCCGAGGCCUCCAGCAACAGGGACCAUAGGAAGUCCCUGCCUGGGGGGGAUGGCAGAACCCAAAUGACCAAGAGCGACUCCAUGCCGUCCUUCCGGAGCUCCACCGUCACUCUGGAGUGGCACCACCCCAACCCAAAUGUGGCAGGGGGAGCCGGCCCCCAGGACAGGGCCCUCUCAGUAACUGCCACCAUAGGAGAAACCAAAGGGAAAGAGCCUGGCCCGGCCCAGCCUCCUCAGACUAGGAAACAGACCGUGGGCAGAGAGGUGACCAAGCUGUGCCCAGCGCCCACCGCUGACCGCCCGGUCGCCCUUCCCUCUGAGAAGGACUCUGUGGUCCGGCAGAGGCGGGGCAAGGAGAGCGGGCGGGGCAGCCCUCAGAAAAAGGCCUCGUGAGGACACAGGGCCCCUGGGGACCCGGGAGACCCGACCGGAGCGUGUCACUGAGUCUUGACUACCUUGUGAAACCAGCACUGUGUGGGCAUGUCUGCCAGGCCGAGCCUGGAGCCUCAGUGAGAAGGGGAGAGAGAAGGAAGUGGGGGAAAGAGAGACGGGACUUCUUCCAAAUGCCUUCCCGAUUGUAACCGGUAAAACUGUUACCAGAGAGUGUUUGUACAAAAAAAAAAAACCUUUACAGUUGAGGGUUGUCGAGGAAAAAGAUUUUCUCUGUAAAUAUCUAGCAACGCGUUUGGUUUGGGAUGUGGAGGUAAUACCUUGCUGCUGAUUGCGUUGUUCACUCCAGCUUUUUUUAAAAUGAGGUUUUUGCUUUACCACUUAUGAUGUAGUAAUGACGCAAAAGGGUUACAACGGGAUGUAUGUAAAAGUAGAGAUGCGCCCAUGUUCAUGUGUGAACACAUCCACCCACAUGUUUUGGUUUGUGGUUUAAGAGAAUAUUUCAAGGCUACAUUUUGCUAAGUUAAAACAGUCUACGUAGAGUUAAAGAUGAAAGAAAGCCCUAAAUACCGUAGAUUGUGACUUUUAUGUUUUUUUUUAACCAGAGAUUUUGAUAGUACUGUAUCUGGCCUACCUAUGUUUCCAGAUCUAAAGCAAGAAUUACUCUAAUGGCUGCAUUUGGAAUCCUCCUCCAUUAGGAAUGGCCAGAAAAAUGGAGCUAGCGGCUUUCAUUUCAUAGUCAUCCUAAUGGACAUUUUGAUCCUGGGUCCAACUGUCUGAAAGGCUAGUUGUCCUUGUCUGUGGUGUGUACGUCGGGUCUUCACCCUAGGCGGAGCGGGGGCUAUGAACACACGUCGACUGCGUUUCUGUUCUCUUGCUUUUCCUCCUUCUCAUGCUCUUAAACUCAGGCCUUUAUGCUAUGAGUCACUAGUCCAAGAAGCACACAGUUUGUAGGAGUUCUGUACCAGCCCUGCUUUUGAGCAAAAAGGAAAAUUCCUGGCUGCACACAAGUCUGCGAGUACUUAGGUUGAGUAAUAAGCAUCAGGCAUUGGAAGAAAUGUUAAAUUUGCUUUUUUGAGGAAAAGGGGGGUGGAUUUUGGCAUCAUAGCAUAUAUAUUAAGGAAUAAUCAGGACAUCAGAUACAUUUUAAUACAUAGCUGGGGCCUUAUGUUGUAGAUGAAGCUUGCUGUUUUUAGCAAGUUCCUGGGUUUCACAUUCCUUUCUGAUGCAUCGAGUAGCUCCAUACAUUUCAUAACAUGGUCUCUUUAUUUGUAUGCAAAAAAAAAAUACUGUAUUAAUAAAGAGCAGCAUUUUUGUAACAAAAAGACUUGUUGGAGCUAUUUGGUGCUUGAAUGUGACUGUCCUUUUUACUUUUGCUAAGCCUUAUUUAAAUUUUGUAUACCAUGGGAUAUGUAGAAUUUGUCAAAUCACUUUAGUGCUGAGGGGGUUUUUUGUUUGUUUUUUGUUGCAGUUUUUCCUGGUGGCUUGUUUUCUAUUGUAAGACAGCACUUGCUGACAUAAGUACUAAGGCACUAAGAGAAACACACACAGAUAAGUAUUUAUAAGUUGCUUGGGAUCCAUAGCAGGAUUUUUUGUUUUGUAAGAGAAAAAAAUUGUCAUUAAAUACUAAUCUAGCACCCUAACCCCCUCGGAGAUGUCUUAGUAUCUUCAGGCUAUAAAAUUGUUCAUCUAAGCGCAGCAACAUCUUACAGCCCUGUGGAUUGUAAAUCAUUUACCUUUACCGAGGCUAUAAACUCCGCUCCAAAAACAAAGGCAUCAUUUAAUCUACUGCCUGGUUGUCCUUCAUUGUAAGAUAGGUUGACAACGGCAAAACAGGAAAGAGUCUCCUUGUCCCUCACCUUUUUCCCCAUGCAGUUUUAGCCAUUCCCCGUUACUAUGUUGUGAAAUUGUAGAAGAAACAAAUACUUUACGAGAACUUCAAUGAGUUUCAAAAGCGGUCUCAGCAUUUAUAAUUCGGAUCUGUGUUUGGCGGUUGUCAUAACGCAAUCCUUCUGCACUCAGACAUCGAGACAGGUCUAUCGGGGAGGUAGUUCAUGGUUUACAGCCUUUGCUUUUUAACUGUCCAGUUUCCUUUAAAGCACAACUAGCUGCUUGUUUACAAAUGAUAUUUUUAUGUAUAUUUUGUAUAGUGUAUUAUCAUUUUUGCCAAAUAUGUUUUUGCAUUUUGGAUGAGUAAAGAGUACCUGAGGUUGCAUUCAUGUAGUCCCUGUUUGUUGUAAACCUCUCCAAUCAGCUGGUAGAAGUUCUCCUGUGUUCUCCUUGGUCCGUCUCCUGUGAUUGUAAGAUGUGCUCCUCGGUAGUACUCCCAGCUGUAGAUUUACCAGCUUAAAAGUUUGUUAGGAUCUGUGCAAUAAAGUGUUUGCGGUCUUAUUUUCUCUAAGAAAUUCCCUAUGGAUGUCAUAAUUGUUGUAUAUUGAACAAAUAUUUAUACUUAUGCAGUUGCAUAACAUUGAAAUAAAAAUUUAGCAUG